UCAUUUCGGCCUUUCGACGGAAUCAGACAACCCCGCCCUCUUCACCCGGUCCCACCCUAGCACCCACCAUGGUGCUAUUAAACCGCCGUGAAUACUUCCAAGAUCCCACCAACCACAUAUGCGUCCCCUCUCCUCCAGCCCCUCGGCCCGUUUCUCUUGGCCCUCGGCCAGUUUCUCUUGGUGCCGCCAAUGAUCUCUCAUUCCCUUUCGGCAACAUUGAUGGUCUUCAUCCGGAUGACCUUCGCACAACCGCUUAUGAAAUAUUCUUUACGUCUUGCCGGUCCUCCCAAGGUUUUGGAGGUCGUACCGGCAUUACAGUUUACCCGUUUGAAAGUCGGGAUCAUAGGUCUAGCUCCCCCGGGUCACCUGGAUCACCACGUUCACCCCGUUCCCCUUGUAAUGGGGUGACAAGCCGAAUAAAGAAGACGCUCGGGUUAAAGAUGUUUAAUCGGACCCCUACUACGCGAAGGAGCUACUCUUGCGGGUCGACCCCAUUUUCUCCUAGUGGAUACAAUAAUAGUCCUAGGAGCCCGAGAGGAUCGUUCUCGACUUUACCAUCUCGUAGCACUAUAAGACGUCCAUUGACAUCCGCCGAGCUCAUGCGACAACAAAUGAAGGUGUCCGAGGAUAGCGACAACCGUAUACGAAAGACACUCAUGAGAACCCUCGUUGGCCAAAUGGGUCGUCGCGCGAAUACGAUAAUCUUGCCAUUAGAGCUCCUCCGCCACCUUAAGGCGGCAGAAUUCGACGAUGUAGACGAGUAUCGAGCGUGGCAGAAACGCCAACUCAAGACCCUCGAAGCCGGACUCCUAAACCACCCUUCCAUUCCCUUAGAGAAAGCCAACACUUUCGCAAAGUGCCUUCGGGACAUCAUUAAUAGAAGCGAUGUCAAGCCAAUCGACACGACCAAGAACUCGGAAACCAUGAAAACAAUAUGCAACUGUGUGGUUUCUUUAUCGUGGAGAAGCCCGAAUGGAGCCCCGACCGAUGUUUGCCAUUGGGCCGAUGGCUACCCGCUCAACAUAAACCUCUAUCUCCUGCUCCUACGGUCCAUUUUCGACUUAAAAGAAGAAACUUGUGUUCUCGAUGAGGUUGACGAGCUUUUAGAGCUGAUGAAGAAAACAUGGCCUACGUUAGGUAUCACAAGACCGAUACACAACUUGUGUUUCACAUGGGUACUUUUCCAACAAUAUGUUAUGACCGGACAAGCGGAGAACGAUUUGCUUCGUGCCUCGCUGACAAUGCUAACCGAGGUCGCGAAUGAUGCCAAGAAAUUCGACCGAGAUCCGAUAUAUGUAAACAUGUUGUCCGCAAUGUUGAGUUCCAUGAUCAAAUGGUCGGAUAACCGCUUGCUUGAUUACCAUGAGAGUUUUAAUAGAUGGACAGUUGACCUGAUGGAGAACAUUCUCCCUCUAGCUUUCUCUGCCGCCAAGAUCUUGGAAGAAUCUGGCAUCGACAAGUACGAGGAUGUUUCCGAUCCCUCCGGGAACAAGGUUGAUCGUUAUAUUCGAUCCUCUUUAAGGAAUGCCUUUGCAAAGAUGGUUGAUAACAUUAGCACGAUACAUGGAUCGAUGAAGUUGCGAGAAGAGAGCGGAAAACUAAUCCAACUGGCUAAAGGAACCGAGGAAUUAGCGCUUCGAGAGAAGGGAAUGUUUAGCCCGGUGUUAAAAAAGUGGCACCUGUUCUCAGCCGGAGUUGCAGCCGUGACACUGCACACAUGCUAUGGAAGCUUGUUGAGACAAUUUUUAGCAGCUAACUCCAUGAUUUCAAACGAGACCGUUGUACUUCUUCAAAGGGCAGAUAAGCUCGAAAAGUUUUUGAUUAAUAUAGUGGUUGAAGACUCGAUAGAAUGUGAAGACGGAGGUAGAACCGUCGUGAGAGAGAUGGUUCCUUACGACGUUGAUUCGGUCGUGUUGAGAUAUUUGAGACAAUGGAUUCAAGAUUGCUUGAAAAGAGUCAAAGAUGUUGUUGAGACAGCCAAAGAAACAGAGACAUGGAACCCAAAGUCGAAAAGUGUGCCGUAUGCACAAUCAACUAUGGAGCUAAUGAAACAAACCAAAGAAGCUGUCGAAUCUUUCUUCGACAUCCCCAUUGGAGUUUCAGAAGAUCUGGUCCGUGAAUUCGCAGACGCGAUUGAACGUAUUCUACAAGAUUAUAUAGCAUUUGUUGCAUCAUGCGGUUCGAAAGAGAGCUAUAUUCCUACACUCCCACCUCUAACCCGAUGCGGUCAGGGCUCAAAGUUCACCAAACUAUGGCGAAUAGCUGCACCGUGCGGUUUGAACCUAAACGAAACUGGGUACGAGGAAAGCAACUACUCGAGACCGUCAACUAGCCGUGGAACGCAACGCCUCUACAUCCGACUCAACUCACUGCAAUAUAUCCUUUCCCAACUCAAUUUAAUCGACAAAAACCUCGCGUUCUCCCCUAAAAUUGUAGCAUCAUCUCCACGAUAUCGAUUCGGUGGCAACCGCAAAUCGGUGGGGGGAUCACACUUCGAUCAAACCCGAUCGACGAUUCAAUGGGCCACCAAACACGUGUCCGAAAUCGCAGCUUACAAGCUGAUAUACCUCGACUCGAACUCGGUCUUCUAUGGAAGUUUAUACACGGGAGACGUCGAAACUUCACGCAUUACGCCUGCUUUGAAGAUCAUGAAGCAUAAUUUGACUCUGUUAACCGCGAUCGUGACAGAACGAGCUCAGCCGUUAGCAAUGAAAGAGUUGAUGAAGGCUACAUUCGAUGUAUACCUCAGAAUUCUACUAGCAGGAGGAACCUCGAGGGAUUUUACAAGAUACGAUCAUAGAUUAAUCGAAGAGGACUUGAUGAAUUUGAAGAAGCUGUUUUCGACGUGCGGAGAAGGGUUUAUCGUGGAGGAUGUGGUAGACCGCGAGGCGGAGGCGUUGGAAGGAGUGGUGGCGUUGAUGGGGAAGCCAACGGAGCAACUGGUGGAUGAGUUUCGCGCCUUGGUUUGUGACGGGAACGGCGUCGGAUUGAUGGGGGGCUUAAGACGAAAGCUUCCGAUGCCGCCAACGACUGGAAAAUGGAGCAGCACGGAUCCCAACACGAUCUUGAGGGUCUUGUGCCAUAGAAACGAAGGUGCGGCAAAUUUGUUCCUGAAGAAAAAUUUUCAACUACCAAAAAGGAAGUAAAUGGCUAAAAUUGAGGUGGGAUUUCAUUAGAGGGCUUUUAUAAUGAUCUAUGAUGCUUGUGGUGUGAAGGGGGUUAUUCAUUUGUUCUUGAGCUAAUAUUCAAUCAAAAAAGUUCUUGCUAAUAAACGAUUUUAGCAAGAAGCGGUGCGGUUCUGGUGAUCACAGUUUGGCUCGGUCGGUUUCGACGAAAAUUCUGAGACAAACUGCCGGGACUAUAGUUUCAAAAAAAGGUAGACCAGACUUGUUGGGUUGGUUGGGUCGGCUGGACCGGCCAAGCCAGCCAAAAUGUACAGUUUGAUAGUUUGAGCCGCUGUAAAAAGAAGUUAGAUAGGUCAUUUGUACAAAAAAAAAAUUAUAAAAAAAUGGUUCUUAUAUAUUAUAUGCGUGCAUAACUUCAUAUUCCGAAAACGAAAAAAAAUAGUAAUAAAUAAUAAAGGUAAAUGGCAGGUUCAGUUUGCAUGGCCGGUUCCAAGUUCUGAUCCGUGAACCGAUUUGUUAAAAUCAGUUUUUUUUUUUUCAAAACCGCGAAUCAAAAUGCAUAAUUCUCAAACCAGCCAAACCGACCAGCCAAACCGGCUGAUUUGCUUUGGUUUAGACAAUUAUGGUGGUUUCGACGAUUUAUGUAGACCCCGGGUUCUCUUUUUGGUUUUGACUACCGGACCAAACUAAACCAAGAACCGAUUUCUCAAAACCAAAACUGCGAACCAAGACAAGAACCGGUUUAAAUCUCCUACGUCUUCAACAAUCUUUUAAAAUCCCGAAACAUAUGGA